AUGUCUAAUGAAUCUAUAAGAAAUCUAUGUCCUCCAACUUGUCCUACAGUGAAGAGACAAAUCCGCGCCGCAAGUACGUCAGUUUGUAUGUCUUGGAAUCAAAAUAGCUUUAAUAGUAAAUUUUAUUGCAUAAAUGCUUUUAAACUAGUUGCGGAAGCGCCUUGGUUGUUGGAUGGAAUUUUUCCGCGGAAGAGAAACGCUGUGAAUUCCCGAGUACCAUCGGAUAUUAUUCCGAAAGACACACAAGAUGAGCCAAAACGGGUGAUUAAAGCGGAUGUUCAGAAAGCGGCAGUUGAUGAUCAUGAAAGGAUUGAGACAGAUGUGCCAUCUAAAUUAUUGAAAGACAUCAAGGCGAGACCCAUUCAGAAACAAGUAGUCAUCCAGGAAGUGAAAACUGUCGAGGAACCAAUUAUACCUACAGAAAAGAUAACAGAUCGCGAUGACAAGAAAAUUGAUUUGGCCGAAGAAAAGGAAUUAGUACAAAAAAUUGCAAUUAUUCGAGAACCAACUGUUAUUUUGACAGAAAAAAUAGCAGACUACAAUGGCGAGAAAAUUGAUUUGAUUGAAGAAAAGGAAUUAGGCCAAGAAGCUGCAGUUAUUCAAGAGCCAGCUAUUGUACCGAUAGAAAAGAUAACAGAUCGCGAUGACAAGAAAAUCGAUUUGGUUGAAGAAAAAGAAUUGGUCCAAGAAGCUGCAAUUAUUCAGGAACCAACUGUUAUUCGUACAGAAAAGAUAGCCGAGCGCGAUGACAAGAAAAUCGAUUUGAUUGAAGAGAAGGAAGUUCCGGUUGCGAUUAAGGAACUCGAAAUCGAUCGGGCAGCACCGGCAGAGAUUGACUUAGAACCAUCGGUGGAAGCAGAAGAGUAUUUUGAGCUGGAGAAACGCGUAAAACCUGACGAGGGUGAAGAAACGCUGACUGACUAUGAGAAAUUCAUCGACGAGGAAUUGCAAGAGGCCUUGCCCGCCGUAAUAGCGAAGGAAAUUCCGGAGGAGCCGAGGGAGGUGCGUCGAGAAAUUUCCAAGGAUGCGGCUGCCUUGUACGAGGAAAUUGAUCGCGAGAGAGCUGUCAGACCACCGAGAGAGCGAGAAGCGACGACUGCGAUACCCGAAGAACGAGAAGAAAUAACUAUCAGAACUGCUCCCGCAAACUCGACAAGAGCGAAGCGUAUCGUCUCGCGUAGGGCUGCGCAAGACGCUUGCGAUGAAACGUGCCCUUUGGUAAAGGAGCAAAAAGAACACAUUAUGCGCAAAUUGAAAGAACAGCAGCGGAUCAUAGAUCAUUAUUAUCUGACGAAGGGCUUCAGCUACUUUGAAGACGUGUGCACUUGCUCUCUGGCUUGCAUGGUGUACACACUGAGCAGAGAUCCGUUUGUGAGAAGCAUAUUUGCGUCUCUCGCAUUGUUCGCGGUCGGACUGAAGCUCUGUUCCGAGCUGGAUGCGUGGGAGAUGCCAAGCCGCGUCUCAUGAGAUCAUUAUAAUCGAUGUAUAAUUAAUUAGUGCGAUUGAUGGCAACAAACAUUUUAUUUUUAUUCCAUAUAUAUACAA